UUCUCCUACCAUUGUAGGCGCUCCAAAAAGAACAUAAAAGCAAAGUAAAUUUUUAACCUGGAGUGCACUUGCUUCGUGUUGGGAGCAACAUCCCUAUAAUGGAAGGUUGGUCUUCAAAUGUGUUGUAUGUUGUAAGCAUUUUUGUAUGAGCGUCUCUCUCGUGUAUGCAUCUCUUAUUUGGCUUGUGUUGUUAGUACCUGCCUCCUAACAAUUAUUGUGCCAUUGCUGUAUUUUUUUGCAAGCCAUGUCAGAUUGUUUGCAAUUAUCGUUGGAACGAUGUAAUUUUUCACCCUAUGAGGUUAUUCAAAUCAAUGCGCAAUGUAAAUAAUUUGUUCCUGAUAAUGCAACUCUUGACAGCAAUCUUGAAUUUUACAAAUAUUUACAAAUGACAAGAAGAAACAUUGGACGGUCUAGCGGACCAAAGGGUGACAGGACGCGUAGGAGUUGGUCAGAUAAGGAGGAAGAAACUCUUAUCAUGUCCAUGAAAGAUCUUGUUGCUAAUGGAUGGAAAUCGGAUAACGGUUUCCGUACUGGAUACAUGAAAAGGAUCGAAGAAGACUUGCGCCGGCAAAACCCAAAAACUGAUCUGAAAGUCCAUCCACACAUUUGGUCAAAGAUAACGACAUAGAAAAAGAACUAUGGCUUGCUUUGUAACAUACUUAAUCGCAGCGGAGUCGGCUUCAAUGACAAUGGUGAUUACAAAAUAGAGUGUGACGAGGAACAAUGAGCACAGAUUAUCAAGUCGGAUAAGGAUGCAAAGUAUAUGAGAGGUAAGUCUUGGCCCUACUUCAAAGCAUGGAAAAUUAUAUAUGGCAAGGACCGAGCUAUUGGCGGAAGUGUAGAGGAUGUAGCUGAAUCUACUCAGCGUGUUCGUGCCACCCAGGAGAACACGUACGUGGACACAAAUAACGACUAUUACCCCGACAUGGAUGACAUUUAUGUUAAAGAAUCAGUUGGAGAAGGGGAACAUCCGGUUCCUGUGGUUGAUAGUGCGAUUCCUGUGGUUGAUAUUGCGUGUGACACUGACAUGAACAGUCCAACAUUGAAGAAAGCAAAUAAGAAACGCAAGGCUGGAGAAGCAUUGGAUGAGGUACUUGAGAUGAUGAAACGCAUUAACGAUGACACAAACGAGCGACUACACACCCUGUCCACUAGGAUUGGCUAUGAGUUCGACUUGACCACUAAAAGGGAGGAGGUGCUUCAACUUCUUGGUGUGGUCCAGGGGCUGACCAAGAGACAAAAGUUCACAGCUGCAAAGAUACUUGCAAAGGAAACUGAGAUGCUCGACCUAUUCCGGGGGAUGGAUCAGACUGAAAGGCCAGAUUUCGUCAUGUUUCUCCUUGAAGAGAACAGCAUAGGUUAGAUGGCUGGUCUUCGGUGCAAGAUCUGACCUUUUUGCAACGAUGGUCGUUGAUAUCUUUUGUGCUUAGUCUUAUGCUAAAAUGCAAAACUCUUAAAUGUGUUCACCCUCUACUGUGUGAUAUAUGCUAUAGGUGAACCAUCUAUUUUGUAUAAAAACCAUUAUGGAUAUUAUCUAUGAAAUAUGUUACUUAUUAGGUAACUAAUAUAUGCUGUCCAAAAAAUUACUAGAUUGGAUAUUGUAAUUAA